AUGGACAGCUGGAAUCAGUCUUGGACUGUGGACAGCUGGCAGCACCCGCGGUAUCGCGGCCACGGCUACGCUCAGCGGGCCUGGAGGCACGACGGAUACAAGGAUGAGCGCGCAGCGACUCUUUCACGGGGUUGGUGGCAGUCAUCAAGCUCCAGACAAUAUGGCUGGGAGGAGUUUCGUAGCCAAAGCAUUCCCCCGCCACCCAGGCCGAGGCAGCAGCUUCGAGUCCCCCAAUUGGACCUCCAAGGACAAGAUCGAGGUCACCUCCUGGAGGUCUUGGCACUUUUCGGUGCAGUCUAUCUGUCCCCCGGUUGGGAGCAUGUCGGCACAAGCGAAGAAGCCGAAGCGUCAUUCAGGCCCGAGUACGACAAAUGGUAUGACUUGAUGCUGGAGGCCACAUGGAAGACAAAAAAAUGGAGGUCACGUCCGUGCGUCAAUGAGCGGCAUCUGCGACUUUCUGGAAGUGAAGAUCUGAGUCGAACUCUGCUCGGGGAGGCAAAGCACCAUGAGCCGGACAAGCGCUUCGCCUUUGGACUUUCGGAAUCCAGCGCAAAAUCGCAUUUCGUCGACUGGGGAGACCUAAGAUGGGCUCCGGAAGGCUACCUGACGCUUAAGGCGGCGGUGGCCAGGAUGUUCGAAUCGGAGGUUGCCAGCUUGUGCAGCACGGAGAAGGGCAACCGCGACUUGCUUGGUGUGAAACUCCGGCUUGGAUGGGAGAGAUGGGGCCGCAGUGGUUUGAGGCACUGCGUGUACCCAGCAGAGGGCACAUGUUCCUCGCAUACCGAUUAUGGUGUCGUGACCCUGCAGUUCUCAAACGGGCCUGGUCUCGAGGUGUUUGCGCACGGUUCCUGGCAUGUGUUGGAGGAACCUCCAGAAGGAGGAGCUCUUCUGUUCGCAGGAGACAUGUUGGAGCGGAUGACAAAUGGACGCAUCAAGGCGCUGCCGCAUCGAGUGCAUGUGCAGACGGAGUCCCUCGAAGCAGCGCCAAAGCUCCAGGAGGAAGGCGGCGGAGGUCAACCAGGAGUCCGCCAGUCUCAUAUUCUCUUCCUACAGCCCGACUCCGACACCUGGGUUGCACCGCUCAGGCCGUAUUUGCUGAACAACGGCAAUGACCUUGAUCCCAUCAGGUACGGUGACUGGCAUCAGAUGAAAGUCCGCUUGGCCUUCGAUGG